AUGGAACGAUCUUCAGGCAAUUUCAGCAAGUCGUACCGUUCGUCGCACUGCCUCUACCUAGCGUUGCUGGCGUUCUUCGACAUCUUCAUCGCCGGGGCCUACAUUCCGCUGAUGAGUCUCAACAUAGUCGUCGAUUACUGGAAAUCGGUGGUGCUGCUAAGAGCAUGGUUCAGCUACAUGAUUCCGAUGAUUACCGUGUCACACAUUGCCAUGACAGCCUCAUCGUUUCUAAUGGUGGCCGCGAGUUUCGAACGCUACUGUGUUACCGUACACCCACAAUGCACGAAGUUCCUCAAUCGAAACAGCAUCGUUCUCAUCGUGUUUCUAGUCGCACAUUCCAGGAAUCGGAUUGCGGCUGCCAGUGUUUUUCUCGGCGUCGCCACAAAAUGCACGCAUCCGUUCGAAUUUGAGGUUACUUACGUUCCUGAGUGUCUUGGCACAAUGGGCGAAUACACGCUCGGUCUGUCAACGUUAGCACUUGAUGAGAUCUACAAUGCAUACUGGCGAAUAUGGUUUCGUUCUGUGUUCACCAUUUUAAUUCCAUUCUUUCUUCUGGCAUUUAUGAACAUUCGAAUUGUACUGGUUACACAACGAAGUGAAUUCCAAUUUCUCAGCUCUCACAAACUUAGCCAAGCGAAGCGAAAGUCACGCGUUCGUGCCGCCACUCGAACACUGGUGUUCGUGGUGGCCACCUACUUGCUGUCGAACAUCCUCAACGUCAUCAUCACCAUUUGGGAGUACAUCGACUAUGAAUCGAUAACAGUCACUUUUAGCACUUUCUAUGUUUUUGCUGUUGAUGUGGUAAGUUGA